AUGCAGCAUGACGGCCAAAAAGCGAGGGAACGCCAGAAAACGUCAAGUCGCUCGAAUGUGGCUGUGUUGGCUAUAGCCCAAGGAUUAUUCACGGCGGCCAUCGCGAUCGAUCUCACAUUGACCGGUUUGACGGGAUAUCAGCUUGCCCCUGAUAAAUCGCUCGCGACUCUGCCUUUUGCACUGAUCACCGUAGCAGGCGCCAUUGCGACAUAUUUCGCUUCUACUCUGAUGCAGAAGAUCGGAAGACGGCGUGGAUUUGUGCUAGGUGCCUUCACCUGCGCAAUAGGCGGAUCGAUUUCCGUAUGGGCGGUCUUCCUGAACUCUUUCUGGCUAUUCUGCAUCGGGACAGCGGCCGUCGGUAUCUUUCAAGCGUUCGCCCAGUAUUACCGUUUGGCGGCGACAGAUUCGGAACCUGACGACCGCAAAGCACGCGCAAUCUCGUUGGUGCUUGCGGGCGGAGUGAUCGCCGCUAUUCUUGGGCCUUUGUUAGCGAGUUGGAGCACGCAUUUAUUCGAUACCCUAUUCGCCGGUUCUUAUUUGAUGGUAUGCCUGCUCGGCAUUGCCUCGGCAGCAUUACUUUGGUUAGGCUAUGAAGAUGCACUUCCAGAAUCAUUGGAGCUGCAUGGCCACGAACAGCCGCCACGCAAGUUACUUACAAUAUUUCGACAGCCAGUUUCACUAGCGGCACUCGCGAAUAACGUCAUAGGCGGCGUGGUGAUGAUGUUCAUCAUGACUGCAACACCGCUGGCGGCUGUCGCCAGCAAUCACUCAAUAAAUGAUGGCGCCAGCAUUAUUCAAUGGCAUUUAGUAGGCACUAUCCGCAUGCGUGCACGGUUUGACAACACUGAUGGCGCCAUGGUCCCGGGGCUAUAUGCGCGUGUAAAAGUGGGCGGCAGUGAACCAUACGCGGCCCUUCUUAUUGAUGAUGCGGCAAUUGGCACCGAUCAAGACAAGCGAUUUGUCUUGGUCGUGGGAAAGGAUGACCAUAUUGUUUAUCGCCCGGUAGCGCUGGGAAAUCUACAAGGCAAUGAUCGCAUUAUCACGUCCGGACUCGAAGAGGGCGAACGGGUGGUGGUAGGCGGUAUUCAGCGAGUCCGUCCAGGGGAGCAGGUUCUAGGAAAGAUAAUUCCCCAAAGUGACGCUCAGGCUAGAAACGCUCAC